AAAGAGGAAUAUGUUUUUCUAAAUAAAGAAGAGUAGGUUUCUCAGUUAUUCAGUAAUUGUAGUCUAAUUUUUAAGUUAAUUACUUGUGUGAAGAAGAAACCAUCACAAUGAGUGCGAUAUUUAAUUUUCAAAGUUUAUUAUCUGUUAUAUUACUUCUAAUAUGCACAUGUGCAUACUUGAGAUCGUUCUUCCCUAGUAUUAUGGACCGCAAUAAAACUGGGUUACUUGGAACAUUUUGGAAGUGUGCUAGAAUUGGGGAACGCAAAUCACCUUACAUAGCAGUUUGUUGCUUAGUUAUGGCAUUUUCAAUACUCUUUCUAACCUAAGUAAAUCUAAUAAACUUAUUGUUUUAUAUAAAUAAACAAAUAUUUUUAUACUAA